ACACAGUUACAAUGAGCGGUCGUGUCAGUCGAAUGCUUCGGGCGAGCGUUUUCGCGUAAACUAAUUGAUUUCUUCUAAUUAAAUUAUAGUGAAUCAUUGUGCUAGCGAUGCAAGUGUGAUGUGAGCCAUGAGAAUUAAUAUUGUGCAUACAUUGAAUCGAGAGACUUCAAAAUAGGGGGUGUAACAGGAAAACAAAAAUGGCCUCGGGGGACAGUGAUCAUAUCGAAGUUAUGGAUAGCACAGUCCCCAAAAAGACUGAAAGCGCAACCGGGCCAUCGGGCUCCGAGGACGAUGAACGCGAUAAAGCCUCGAUCGCUGAAAAAAAUGCACCAUACGACCCGGCAGUGGGCCCCUCGGGGGCCAUCAGCAAAGUGCACAAGUCGGACCGCAAGAUCGGUCACAGGAGAGUGGGGGAGGGCGGCGAGAUCACAUACAAGAAGAUCCAGUCUUCCCAGAUCAUGGGAUCCAUACAACUUGGAAUCCAACACGCAAUCGGCGGUCUGGCAUCCAAACCUGAGCGUGAUCUGCUCAUGCAGGACUUCAUGACAGUGGAGACAACCAACUUCCCGCACGAGGGCUCGAACCACACGCCCGCGCACCACUACUCCGAGUUCAAGUUCAAGACGUACGCGCCGAUCGCGUUCCGCUACUUCAGGGACCUGUUCGGGAUACAGCCCGACGAUUUCCUGAUGUCAAUGUGCAGCGCGCCUCUUCGCGAGUUAAGCAACCCCGGAGCGUCGGGCAGCAUAUUCUACCUGACCAACGACGACGAGUUCAUCAUAAAAACAGUCCAACACAAAGAGGGGGAGUUUCUGCAGAAACUGCUGCCCGGUUACUACUUGAAUCUCGAUCAGAACCCGCGCACAUUACUACCGAAGUUCUUCGGACUAUACUGUUACCAGUGCAACAGUAAGAACGUGCGACUGGUUGCUAUGAAUAACAUACUGCCGUCGUCUGUGAAACUGCACCAGAAGUAUGACUUGAAAGGAUCCACUUAUAAGAGAAAGGCGAACAAAAGCGAAAGAACAAAGAAGUCGCCGACGUACAAAGACCUGGACUUCAUGGAGCACCAUACAGAGGGCAUAUUCUUGGAGGCAGACACGUAUAGUGCGCUCAUCAAGACCAUGCAACGCGACUGCCGAGUCUUGGAGAGCUUUAAGAUCAUGGACUACUCCCUACUAGUCGGCAUCCACAACCUGGACGAAGCGCAACGGGAGAAGACCGAAGCUCGGAAAAGAACGGACUCGGGACAGAGCGACGACGACGCGGAUGGAGAACCUAAGAAGAGCGGAUUGAAUAGGACGAGAUCGGAUCAGGGGAAAGAAGAUUUCGGGGCGCAAGUCAAACGGACACAAUCUAUCAAUCGGCAGCGAUUGGUAGCUCACUCCACGGCCAUGGAGAGCAUCCAAGCUGAAAGCGAGCCUAUUGAUGAGGAAGAGGACGUGCCACCGGGCGGUAUUCCGGCGAGGAACGCGCGCGGGGAGCGGCUCCUACUCUUUCUGGGCAUCAUCGAUAUACUACAAUCGUAUCGGCUGCGGAAGAAGCUAGAACACACGUGGAAAAGCAUGAUACACGACGGGGAUACAGUUUCAGUGCACAGGCCAAGUUUCUACGCACAGAGGUUCCUUGACUUCAUGGCAAAAACCGUAUUUAAGAAGAUACCUUCGUCAUUGAAACACUCACCGUCGAAGCGGAAGAGCAUCGCCAAGCCGACCAGAGCGCAGGAAGAUAUCGAUACGCCUGGGCGAAAAUACGUCGGGCGGCCUAUUAAAGACUACAACCCAGAUUAUCUAAGGCAGAGCUCUAGGUUAUCCCCUAGAUCUUCGAUAAGAUCUAGCAUGAGCGAUUUCACUGAUACCACCAUCUCAACGUGGAACCAAAGACAUCCGCAAGCCGCCACGGAAUACCCGUCAGUCUUGUCUGACAGACUCAAAAUCUUAGACAGGGAUAGAAUCAACACUUUCCAAAGACGAAUAGAUUUUGACACGUCAAAUCUACCCAUGAGAGAUCCAGGGACGUCGUACGCUGAUAAUGUAUACAGGGCGUCGAUACAAGAACGAAUGGAAUCAUUAUCAGAUCAACUAACUAAAGUUCUCAGCACUGGUGCUGGCAGUUCACAUAUAAACGGCAGUUUAGCAGACAGCGGCAUACAAACUGACAAUACAAGUACUAGCGUACCUCAAAUAUACAUUGAAACGCAAACGCACACCCCAAAAUACAGAGACGCGGCUGUAGACACAAGAAACGAAAAUAAUCUACAAGAAAUACCUUUUAUAGACGAAGAUGAUGACGAUUCGAAGUAUAUUAGGAAAAGAGGCUUAAUUCCAGAGAAGCAUAAAAGCAUGUCAAAUAUUCCGGAAAGAAUCGACGAAGUGAGUUCCAAAGAGCAGUCCAAUGAGAGACUAUCCAGCAGUUUUAACAGAGCCAAAUCGCCGACUUUCGUAGAGAAAUUCAAGAAAUUCUUCGUCGAUAUCGGCCUAGUUAAAUCUGAAAGUGCGCCCAACACAGAAGCUAAUUCAAACACGCUGCCAAAAAGUCUUAAUUCUAGUUAUAGAACAAGGAGCGUGUCUCCAGCCCAAGUCGAAGCUAGGGAAGCGUCCACACUACCCAAGGACAUGCGAUUCCGUAAAGUCAGGUCCACACAGACUGUAUACAUAAAACAAGAUUCGCCUUUACCACAGAGGGAUCAAGAAUUCCAAACAAAAGAACACGUCUCGGUCGUUCAGCUAAAUGGCGACGAGCACAUUAAAGAUUCAGAAUCAGAGAGGGUAGUCAAGGAGAUUGUAUACAUCAAGUCUAUAGAGAAAGCCGAGAUAUAUACAGGAAAUGACAGCGGUAGCACGAUCAUAGUUAUUCCACCAGCCGAUUGAAGACUAGAAAAUUUAGUUCUUGGAUACGUUUCUUCAGCAGAACAAGCUGUAUUUCAUGGAGGUAGGCGUCUAGUUUAUGUAAAUGAAAUGUAGGUGUUGUUUGUUAGUUAACCUUGAAAUGUAUACGUGUUAUUUUAGAUAUUAUUUGACGACAGCCACUACGAAAGUAUUCGUAAUUUAAAUUUUAAUAGUCCUGUAUAUUUUAAUAGCUUUAAAACUAUAUUCAUUGUACUUCCUAUCCUAAAUAUGAAUAAGUGAUUCGAGUGAUAUUAAAAAGGCUAUUAAAAUAUGAAACUAAUUUAAAACCUCAACCAAAUACUAGAAAUGCAAAUUAAUGUAUUUUAUAUAAAUCUUAUUUAUUAAGAUUGCAAUCCUAAAAUAUACAUCGAUAAAAUUGUAUACAGUUGAUGUUAUUUAUUGAAAAUAACUACAUAAUACUUGUUUUUGUUAAAUCUUUUAUCAAGUACGUUAGUGUUAUGGAGAUAUUGACUAAAUAUACAUGUGUAAAAAUGCCUUAAUACUGUUACGUAAUUAAAUAUACAUUUAAAAGAAAAUUGUAUACACAAUGGUGUUCAAAAUGAAUAAUAAUUAUUAUUAUUAUAAAAUCAAUAACACCAUAUUGUAUACAGUUUCAUAUAAAUUACUUAUUUACUACACAAAAACAGAAAAUCACUGUACUACGUGUAUAUUCACUGUAUCUGCAGGUGUUUGAAUGAACCUAUCUAAAAUACAAAUCAAAUUUCUACCAGAAUCAAUGGCAAAUUACAAAAACCUUUUCUAAAUGGUGCUUAUUAUUUAGUCAUAAGCUAUGCCAUUUUUGAUGAAGUCAAAAGACUGAUUGAUAUUACAAAAUUUUACGGAUUUCAAAGGUAAUUCUUCAGUUCAUAAAUAACACUACAUACUUUUUUAUGGUUAUAAAACGUAUACAUCAUCUAUACCGCACUACUGUAGUGUGAUAUUUUGAGUAGUAUAAAAUAUUAUUAUUAAAUUGAUUUAGAUACUUAGAACCUCAUUAGGCUACCAAAAAAAAAAUUAAAUUGCAGUUAAGUAGUGUGGUCUGUGGUGUAUCUGACAAAUACAUGAAACCGCUGUAUAUUUUACUAGAGCUGUCCUUCAGUUUGUUUUUCAGUAUUCCAACUAAAUGUAUUAUGAUUAUGUGUGUGCGGUUUUCUUUGAGAUUCCAAGUGGUUACUACCAGCCAAUUUCUGUGGGAAAUUGAGCUUUGUGUGUACUGUCCAAAAGCUAUUGUAGCACUUCAGGUUAUUAGUUGUUUAGUCAAAGUUCCGCAUUUUUAGUAUACGUAUUUCGAUUGUAUACAUAAAAAAGUAUACAAUGUUUAGAACAUCACUAAAAUAUUUAUUUGUUGUCACUAAAACAACUUAGUAGUUAAUUAAUAUUUUCAGUAAUAAAAUCACAUUAAUUUAAUAACUUGGAAGUGCGUAAGCAAAAUAUUGUUUUAUGAAUGAAUUUGUUAUUCGACUGACUUGAUAAAUAAUAAUUAUCACUUUUAUUAAAUUUGACAUUCCCUGUCCCUAGUUAUUUAACGAAAGAGUAUUAAAAAUUCGUCACAAACAUACUUCAUUUAUCAUUACCUCCAUUAAAAAGACUAGCUCUUUUUUAAAUUGUACAUAAAAUAUUAAAUAACUAUGGAGCUUAUUUAAAAAUCCAGUUUUAAUAUACGAAAUAGAAUUAUUUGUUCGUAUUUAUUGAAGAGUUGUAUAUCUCGGUAAAAUGUGUAUAUGUUAU